GAUACACAAAGGAACACAUUGGCUCCUGGGUACUUCCUCUGGUUUAGGAAAGCCAGGCCCUGAAUGAGAAUGGCAAGACGAUCAUUCCAAAAGGACAGAUCCUGAUGACCCUCUCUGGGACUCCCAACAAAGGGACUCACUCAAGAACCAUCACAGUUUCAAGUCAUGGAUACUAAUGAUGACCCUGAUGAAGAUCAUCUUACAAGUUAUGACAUUCAGCUCAGUAUUCAAGAAUCCAUUGAAGACAGCAAGACUGAAUUUUAUCGUGAAAGAUUUAUACCACUAAGUGAUCAAAACAGAAAACUCGUAGAGGCCAUAAAACAAGGCCACAUUCUUGAGCUCCAGGAGUAUGUGAAAUAUAAAUAUGCGUUAGAUGAAGCUGAUGAAAAAGGAUGGUUUCCAUUGCAUGAAGCUGUUGUUCAACCCAUUCAACAAAUCCUUGAAAUUGUUCUGGAUGCAUCCUAUAAGACACUCUGGGAGUUCAAGACCUCUGAUGGGGAAACACCCUUGACAUUGGCAAUCAAAGCUGGUCUGGUGGAAAAUGUAAGAACUUUACUGGAAAAAGGAAUAUGGCCCAACACCAAAAAUGACAAAGGAGAGACACCUCUUCUGAUUGCUGUAAAAAGGGGCUCCUAUGACAUGGUGUCUGCUCUGCUCAAAUACAACACCAGCCUUGACCAGCCCUGUGUCAAGCGAUGGUCGGCAAUGCACGAAGCUGCCAAGCAAGGCCGCAAAGAUCUCAUAGCUCUGCUGCUGAAGCACGGUGGAAAUGUCCACCUGAGAGACGGGUUCGGAGUCACACCGUUAGGUGUUGCUGCUGAGUACGGUCACUGUGAUGUGUUGGAACACCUAAUCCACAAAGGGGGUGAUGUGUUUGCUUUGGCCGAUGACGGGGCAUCAGUGUUGUUUGAGGCAGCAGGAGGCGGCAAUCCUGACUGCAUUUCUCUCCUGCUGGAAUACGGAGGAAGCGGAAAUGUGCCUAACAGAGCAGGGCAUCUUCCUAUUCACCGAGCUGCCUACGAGGGACAUUAUCUUGCACUGAAAUAUCUUAUCCCAGUAACAUCCAAAAAUGCAAUCCAGAAAAGUGGGCUGACACCAGUUCAUUCCGCAGCAGAUGGGCAAAAUGUGCAGUGCCUGGAGCUGCUCAUUGAAAACGGUUUUGAUGUCAAUGCUCUGCUCGCUGACCACAUUUCCGAGAGCUAUGACGACGAGAGGAAGACUGCGUUGUAUUUUGCUGUUUCUAAUAAUGAUAUCCAUUGCACAGAAGUCCUUCUGAACGCAGGUGCAGAUCCAAACUUAGAUCCCCUCAACUGUCUUCUUGUGGCUGUGAGGGCCAAUAAUCAUGAAAUUGUCCGGCUGCUCCUUUCCCAUGGAGCUAAUGUCAAUUGUUAUUUUAUGCAUGUGAAUGACACUCGUUUCCCCAGUGCCAUUCAGUAUGCCCUAAAUGAUGAGGUAAUGUUGAGGCUGUUGCUGAAUAAUGGCUAUCAAGUGGAGCUGUGCUUUGAAUGCAUGCACGGGGACAUCUUUGGGAAUUCAUUUGUGUGGUCAGAGAUAGAGGAAGAGGCACUGCCGGGAUGGACCUCUUGUGUAAUAAAGGAUAACCCGUUCUGUGAGUUUAUUACAGUUCCUUGGAUGAAACACUUGGUAGGCAGCGUUAUUCGUGUAUUAAUAGAUUACAUGGAUUAUAUCCCUCUGUGUGCUAAACUGAAGUCUGCGCUGGAAGUACAGAGAGAAUGGCCCGAAAUCCGUCAAAUACUAGAGAAUCCUUGCUCAUUAAAGCAUUUGUGUCGGUUGAAAAUCCGAAGACUUAUGGGACUCCAGCGACUCUGCCAGCCAGCCUCGGUGAAGAAGCUUCCUCUACCGCCAAGUAUUCAAAGAUACAUAUUAUUUAAAGAGUAUGAUCUCUAUGGACAAGCGCUAAAAUUGCCAUAAUCUAUAAAUAAUAUUUUAAACGCCAUUUAAGAAAUAUUUUUAAAUGUGAUUCCCUAAGAGCAUUUCUUGGAAUCAUUUUAUAUCCUUAAGUGUAUUUAAAUCCAUUGACAGUUUUAAAAUGGGAUCCUGUGUUCUUAUGAGAACAGUGUAUUUCACAUCUUUAAAAACCUUUACAUUGUGGUUUUUAAAAUUCAAGCACAGUUGAUACCCAAUAUUAUAUUGGUUAUAUUAGUUUCAUAUGUACAAUAUAGUAAUGUUACAUUUUAUACUUUAUGUGAUCACCCUACUAGUUCUAGUAAUCAUCUGUCACCAUGUGAGCUUAACACAAUAUUA